AUGGGACGAUAUUUCAAUGCUAUUAAAAGAAAAGUAACCAGAGUCUUUAAAGGUCGAAGGCGUAGAGUUUCUAGAUCAAGUACACCAGAACUUCGCGGAUGUUCAUCUGGCAAUGUUCAAUUGUCACUUCCAGCUGAUUGUCUCAUUGAAAUAUUUUCUCAUUUGGAAGAUAAUCCUAAAUCACUACAAUCAUGUGUUCUCGUUAACAGAUUAUGGUCUAGAAGUUCGGUACCUAUAUUGUGGGCUCAUCCCUUUAGAGAUUCAACGCCAUCAUCAAUAAUCGAUGUUUAUAUGUCAUAUCUAACUGACCUUGAGAGAAUACAUCUAGUUGAUAACGGUAUUUCCGUUUCGAACCGUCGACGCAAUCAACUAUUUGACUACGUAUCAUUUUUACGUCAUGUUAGCAUGGGAAGUCUUUAUACUAUAGUUCUUAAAUGGACAGAUCGGACGCAAACCACCCUUUCCUCCAAUUCAAAGCGGCGUAGCCAUAACACAGAACCAAGUUUAGUAAUGUAUCAAGCACUUUGCAGAUUGUUCUUCAGUCGACGUUCGAGCAUUCGAUCUUUAUCUCUUGACUGGGGUGUCAUGGAAAUCUGGAAAGCAUACCCACUGCUACUUUAUUCUGCUGGUAUAGACACAUACCUGGCAAAACUAAGACAAUUUUCCAUUCAUUAUAUAACUGACUGGUCAAUAUUUGGCUAUUUAGCAAAAUACUCUAGAAAUAUUGAACAUUUAGAGGUUCUUGGUUAUUCUUUUAAUAUACCUCCACAUCCUGAAGAUGAACAAAAUUUAGCAUCUUUGAUAACAAUUCAAAAGAAUUUACUACACUUUAAAUUAUUCGGAUACGCAACAUAUCCUGUGUUAACCCUUGUUUCACUGGGUGCACAAGCAAAAUCUUUAAGAUCAGUGGAAAUUAGCUAUAUUCAUUUCACUUCAACUACACUACAAGGACCAACUUUUGAAGGGCUAGCUGCAUGUAGAAACCUUGAAGAAUUAACUAUCUUAAAUUGUUUAAAUGCCACUGAAGAAAUUCUAUCUCCAUUAGUAUGUGCUACAUUUCCAUCCCUUCGUAAAAUACACAUAGUAGAAUCUACAUAUGGAUGGGAUAAUGUAGUAGUUUCAUUAAUUCACAAUAAUUCUGCAAAUCUAGAGGAAGUUUAUUAUAAACCAGUAGACAAUCAGCAACAUCACAUAAUGUCUCCAACAAUUAUUGAAUCAGUUGCUCAAUGUUGUCCUCGAAUAAAACGACUUGGUGUCCCUAUAGGCACACUACAGAUAAGUCAUUUAACUGAUAUCCUUACAUCUCCUUAUUGUCAACUCCGAAGUCUUAGUAUAUUUCGAAUGGAUCGAGUAUCUUGGGAUAGACAAGAAUUGUGGAGUGGGUUGGGUAGUUUGAUGCCAACUACAUUAAGGCAUCUUAAUAUUUGGAUUUAUUUAGGGGAUACACCAAUGCAAUUAUUUUUACAAAAUACUCAGGCACCUUUAGAAACUUUAUAUGUUAGGUGGUGGACUCAUUAUCUUGGAUAUGAUUAUCAAUUAGUUGGUGCUUAUUUAAAAGAUAAAAAAGUAGGAAUUUCAGAAUUUUUGAGGCAUGUUAUUUAA